UUAGACUUUGUGUUUGGUUAGAUUAAGAAAGUUCAGGAUUCCAGAGGGGAGAUGUGUUGUUGAUGCACAUUUGCAUUUGGAGGUAAACGUGGGCGCUCGAGGACGGCAGGUGUGUUUUUUCAGCUGCGUCCGUCUGUGUGUGGAAAAGGUCAAAAAAGCGUGACGAGCAGCCGCCUUACUCUGCUUGUAUUCUCAGGACAGAGCUGGAACAGAAGCAAAUCAGAGCCUUAACCUUUAAUACGGGCAUUGUUUCGGGGUUUUUAACGAAUUUAAAUGUCAGGAUUCUGCAGAAUAUAGUCGUUUCCCAGCAGCUCGCUCAAGUAUAACAAACUGGCUCCAUAAGAUGCUGCGAUAACGAGGGCUUAUUGUAGGUACAGAUACCGAGUUGGUGCUUUUUUACCUUUUUAAUAUCUUCAACAUUAUAAUACAUGAUACACCUUCAAUACUUCGUAGAAACAUGUUUUUCCUCUGAUAAAACGUCUCAUUUUCAUAACUUGUUAAUGUCUUCUUUACACAACUGAUAUGAUUGUGUUAAACUAAUAACAUGAUUUAAAGAAUCCGAUGGAGCAUUCGGUGCCGACUUUAAAUACUUGACAUACUUACUUCAUGUCCGUUGUCGGUACGUAAUUACGUACUUAAUUACUUCCGUACUAGACUGGUUCAUAUGGCGUGAUUAACAAACUACAGUAGUUAUGGAACAGACUUGUCCUUGGUUCCCUGAUGUGGGUUCGUUGUGGGGUCCUGUUUACGACUCUAUGAGCCUCAAACUUACGAGUGUAUGAAUCUGUCUGCAAAGCUGCUGGACCGUGUCAAUAUAUCUUCCCCUGAAUGACCAUAUGCUGACAAAGCAUCUCUCUCCUCACUUAGCGGAGUUGACUGAGGGCUCAUUCAUUCGUUUUCACGUUACUCUGACUGAACCGACUCCCUUUGUGACUGGUUCCCCUCUGGAGAAUGCCCACGGGCCAUGACAGUUCAGACUAACCGGUCCUUUGAGUGCAGGCAGCCAAAGGAGGUUGUGUUUGUGUACUGCUUUGUGUCGGUGAUGACAUGUUUGUCUGUCUGUGUUGGCGUAGUAUGAUGGCUUAUUCGGGCUGCUGUAGGUUUACAACAGCCCUAAUUAUGUUAAUAUUUUGGGCAAAGAAGAAGAAGGAUAUUCUGAGAUGGUAGUGGUAAAUUUACAAGAGUAAACUCACAGAUUUAUGAGAAAUAAACUUGAAUAUUCUCUGAGAUUAUAAAGUCAUUCAUUUGCGUGUUUUUUGUCGAGGAACCACAUCGAAGGUUAGCUCACCCUAAUCCCACCCUGCAUAAGCAUGAGGCACAGAGUGCAAAAUAUAUACAUUAUUAUAUUUGUAUUUAUUUAUGUUCAUAAAAGAACACAGAACAUGAAGGGAAACACGUAUAUACACCUUCCAGGACUCCCGCCUCGCAAAUACAUGACUUCUAAAUCUCAGAUACAAAGUUUUUUUCUUGUAAAUUUGUGAGUUCCGUCUUUACCACUUCAAUCUCAGAGAAUAUCUGUGUUUUUGUCUCAAGGUUUUCUCUGAAUAUUCCCCCUCUCCACUGACUCUAUAUUUUCCUCCCUUUUACGACUAUAAUGGCCCGAAAUACUCGGUAGGAGAUUCGUGUGCUUCUCCUUGGAACACAGUUUUCUAAACGUUGCAGUGAAAGAGCAGCGAGUUCUUCAUGUUCUGCAGCUUCUCAUAGCGUGAACCAACUCUUAUGCUCAGGAUAAUAAUGCAUGGCCUGUCGUAGAAGUGUUAGCUUGACUUUCAGUGCGUCUGAGUGUUCUUGCAUAAGCUCUUGUUCUCUCAGCGGUCGUCUUGUUUUGCAUGCGUCGUCAUCACAGUCUGCCGGCUGCCUUCCUUUUAGCAAAGUACCCGGUUUGUCAAUAAAUGAUCUCUGGCUUCCCUCCUCACCAACAUGUUCCACUUCCUCGGCGUGCUGCGUAUGUUUUUUCGGUGGCUGCGUUUGGGACUCGUUGCCGUUUCACAGCUGUUUUUUUGUUUGUUUUUUGCAUGAACCAAAGUCUUUUCAAACCCUUUUGGUUGACAUUUAAAAUGAUUUUCCUCAUGGAUUUGUCUCGAUUCCACAUAACAUAAUCUGUUUGUGGCAAAGGCCCCCCUAAACCAUAGGGUGCGAUGCUAAUCCAUCAGGUAUAUUGUCCUCGUAUGUCGCCGCAGGCAGGCCACACAAGCCGUGUGCACACAGUAAACACAAGCAGCCCGCCGCCCACUCCCCUCGACUCACUGCGUUGUGAUCAUUGCUUGACCUCAUUGCUGAACGCAGCUCUCUCUCCUGCAUUUAAAUGAAGCAGACUAUUAUCAAUAUUGAUGGCGGUUCAUGUCUCUGUGGACUUAAUUUCCUGCUCCCACUUAAAAACCAUGUGGCCCGAGUCUCACUGCCAGACAACACAGUCUAUAAAUUAGGGACGGCUUGUUAGGACCCCUGUGGAGGACACGUUGCCCUAAAUAAGUUGGCGGAGGAGCGCAGGUCGUCAUCGCGCUUCGAAGUUUGUUUUCGACAAAUCCCUCCGCCGCCCAUCUGUCACCGUGUCCUUCCACAGAUAUAUCAAACAGAUCUCAGCCUUGUGUGCUGCUGAUUAUUCACACACUCAACCCCAGGUUCAGUCUGCAUUGCCUUUAGGAGAGUCGUUCUCGGGACUCUUUUGUCACCGUUUAUUGAAAACGUUAUUCUGGGAUUUUGAAACAAUGCAGGUGGAUUUUUUUACAUGAUAAGCAGCCAUUGUUGUUUUUCUGUUCUGCGUUUCUGUGAAAACACAGUCUGUGCUAUCAUGACGUCUUUAUCCUUUCUGUGAAUGAGGUUUGUUUUCAUGAACAGCUCGCGUUGUCUUUCUUUAGCUACCAAGUUGCUCCAGUAAUUAUCCAAAUCAAACUCUUCCUUUUGCAUUUAGUCAUUCAGAAUAAAUGAUUCACUUUUCAGACAACUUUUUCCUGAAAGGUUCUUGGUCGCCACGACGGACUAACUGUUGUCGGUGUGGUUGGUUAGCAGAAUAUCUCAAGCAUGCAAACAAAUAGUACAAUUAGGUGGAAAGUGGCCGACCAUGGCGGUCACUUUUGUUGACAAGUGGAGGAAUCAUUAGAGCCCUGCUGGAGAAUCUCAAGCAGAGAUCAGGCUCAUAGGGAGUAAGGAGAUCUCAGAUACACACAGGAUCCGUUCAACACUUUACAAACAAGCAGUAAGAUCUUUAAAUCAGUUCUACAAGUCACUGGUAACCAGCGAAGGGCACCACGGUUCUCUUACUGCGUGUUGAAAGCCUGGCAGCAGCGUUUUGUAUCAGAUACCAUCUGGAGGAGAUAAAAGCUUUCAUGAUGAUUUCUAAGUCUGCAGAUGAAAGAAAAAGCUGAUCUAUGGAAGUAGGCCUGCACCACCUCAGUCACCUGAGCAUUAAAGGACGAUUCAGGUUCAAAAGUAUCACCUAGGUUGAUGAUUUACUGGACUUUAUAUGAAAAGAAACUGCCAUUUUCAUGUGUUUUAUGAGGCAGAUAAAAAAUGAUAACAACAUAUAAUACCAGAUUUAGAUUUGGGGAACGUGAUCUCUGAAUGGUAGCUUUCAUUUUAUUCUAUUUCACCAUUUUUUUGUUCUUAUACUUUUUUAUACCUCAUUUAUUUUAACGUUGUAGCUUAAUAACUCCAUUAGUCUCAAUCAGUUACAUUUAUAUAUAUAUUUUUUUAUCUCUUCGUAGAUAUUUUUAACCUUUUAACAUGUUAGGGGUCAUGUAGAGCUGUACAACCGAACCCCAGCGGGUAGUGAGUGAGAGUCUUGGUACACCUGACGGGUCUCCAUUCGCUCACGUACAGACCUUUAAUCUGAUUGAUUAAUGCUGCCAUCAGGGGCCCGGUGUCAGGGGCCCGGUGUCUGGGGCCCGGUGUCUGGGGCCCGGUGUCUGGGGCCCGGUGUCAGGCGGGCCGAAGCGAAGGGCGGGCCGAAGCGAAGAGCGAGUGUUUAAUUGUGCCAAGUCGUCUGUGAAAGGCUUUCGUCGUUAUGGGCAGUAAAUAAGGCGGUCUUCGUGGCCCCGCCUCCUCCCCUCCUGAGUCUGGUUCUCUCUCUCUCUCUCUGACUCCGUCUACCUGUGUGGUUACACUCUCACAUCUCAGCGGACACUCCGUCACAUCGCCGCAUUGACAGAAGGCAUUGCAUGCAAAUAAGACCUGCCGCCUUUAAACGUCGAGCCGUGAUCGUUCCGUUGUUCCGUAUACUUUUUUGACAUAGUCUUCCACAACAUUUCAGGGUCAGGAGUUCUGCGUUAUACUCCAGAUUCCAGUAGAAGCUGUAGCAGGAAACAUCCACUGUGUUGAAACACUGUAUUGCCUGACUGUUCUGACCCUGAUGACCCUUUUGUCUCACUCCAGGUGGGAGGUGAAUCUGCCGCGGGCCAUGUGUUUCUGGUGAGGCCUCAUCUGCUGCCAAAAUGAGGCCGAUGCCCGGCCCGCCUCGACCCGUCCUGCCGGCCGUCCUGGCUCUCGCCUUGGCCGCCUUCUUACCUCGGCUGUCCUCGGGAGCCACGCCGUUCCCCCAGGACCUGGAGCCCAUCAGCCUCGUGGGCAGAGGGUCCUCCUACCUCUAUCCCAGCUUCCAGGGACUCCUGUCGGACAACGACACCGUCCGCCUGGGCCUGGACUUCCAGCGGAUGCUGAGGAUCAACCGCAUGCUCUACAUCGCUGCCCGGGACCAUGUGUUUGCCAUCAAUCUUGCCACUUCGUCUGAGCAGAUAAUCCCACAGCAGAAGCUGACUUGGAAGACGAAGGAUGUGGAGAAGUGCACCGUGAGAGGGAAAAACAGCGACGAAUGUUACAACUACAUCAAAGUGCUGGUGCCACGUAACGACGAGACGCUCUUCGCCUGCGGCACCAACGCCUUCAACCCCACCUGCCGUAAUUAUAAGAUGUCCACACUGGAGCAGGAAGGGGAGGAGGUGGUGGGACAGGCCCGGUGCCCCUUCGAGUCCCGCCAGUCCAACGUGGGCCUGUUCGCAGGUGGCGAUUUCUACUCGGCCACCAUGACGGACUUCUUGGCGAGCGACGCAGUGAUUUACAGAAGUCUGGGAGAAAGCAGCCCCGUCCUGCGCACCGUCAAGUACGACUCCAAGUGGCUGCGAGAGCCCCAUUUCCUCCAUGCCAUUGAGUACGGGAACUACGUGUACUUCUUCUUCAGCGAGAUCGCGGUGGAGUACACCACUCUUGGCAAGGUGGUUUUCUCCAGAGUCGCUCGCGUUUGUAAGAACGACAACGGCGGUUCUCCGAGGGUUCUGGAGCGCUACUGGACGUCGUUCCUCAAAGCCCGGCUCAACUGCUCGGUGCCGGGCGACUCCUUCUUCUAUUUCGACGUCCUGCAGUCGCUGACAAACGUCCUGCAGAUCAACCACCGGCCGGCCGUGCUCGGCGUCUUCACCACGCAGGCCAACAGCAUCACGGGCUCAGCAGUCUGUGCCUUCUACAUGGACGACAUAGAGAAGGCCUUCAGUGGCAAAUUCAAAGAGCAGCGGAACAGCGAGACAGCGUGGACACCUGUUCCUGAGGAUCAGGUCCCAAAACCAAGGCCGGGAUGCUGCGCCGGAGAGGGCUCGGCGGCCACCUACAAGUCGUCCACGACCUUCACCGACGACACACUGACUUUCAUCAAGUCCUACCCGCUCAUGGACGAGUCCGUCCCCUCGGUCAACGACAGGCCCUACUUCACCCGGACCACCAGCAGAUUCAAGUUGACCCAGAUAGCGGUGGACACGUCGGCGGGGCCGUAUAAGAACUACACCGUGGUUUUUCUGGGCUCGGACGACGGCCGCGUGCUGAAGAUCCUGGCCAGCACCGAGGGAGCCAACGCGUCCUUCAGCACCCAACUCCUGGAGGACAUCGACGUCUACAACCCUAACAAAUGUAACGUGCGGGGGGAGGACAGGAGGGUGCUGGGUCUGGAGUUGGAUCGGGACCACCAUGCGUUGUUCGUGGCGUUCUCCGGCUGUGUGAUCCGUGUGCCGCUGAGCCGCUGCUCCGACUACAGCACCUGCAAGAAGAGCUGUCUGUCUUCACGGGACCCUUACUGCAUCUGGCUCAAAUCAGGCAGCUGUGCAACAGUCUCACCUGGCUUCAAAGGCGGCUUUGAACAGGAUGUGGAGAACGGUUACCAUCAGCACGCUGAAACCUGCCACGAUGUUCUGGCGACGACUCGCAAGCAGAACACGGCGCUGGAUUUGGCGUACGGGAAGACCACACCCACAAGCGCCAGCACAACCUAUCAUGGGGCGGCGUUCCCAAAGGAGGCAGGUGACCCUGAAAGAGGUACAGGUCCUGAUGGCCCUCCCCCCGUUGGGGAGCAAGGGUCACCUGACUCGGAGCCAAUCAGUGUGGAGAUGGAGGGUGUCAGGCGGCCGCCAGAGCUGGAGAAGACCAAUCACAGUGUCCAUUAUACUCUCCUGAUCGCUUGUGUUUUGGUGGCCUUUGUCCUUGGCGCCUUCCUCUCUGGUUUUCUGGUCUCCUGCUACUGUAACCACACGGGCCACAAGACAAAGAAGUUGUCGAAAGAUCCCGAGGCGCCAAUCCCACACGCCCUGUCCCUCCGCAGCCUGGCCAAGCUCAAUGGCCUCCUGGACAGCCAGAGUAGGGACGACAAGCUGGAGGUGUCCUCUCCAAAGAUCUACAACUCUUUCUUCGCCAACAGCCAGGAGCAUCACCAGCCAAGGAGAAAUGGCCAUCACGCAAUGACAAUGGGAGACCUGGUCCACCCACACCACCACCACCACCACCACCUCCACCAUUCGUCAGAGCUGUCUGGUCUGCCUACACCAGACUCCACCCCAGAACUGCCCAUCAAGAGCAUGAAAGCCUUCAAGAACCAGUGGGAGAAGAACCAGAAUUGCAACAAUGCCAAGGAACCAAAGUCCCACAACACUGGCUCCAGGCCCAGCUCAGCACUGCUUCACCAGCAGGUCUUCCCGUACUCCCAUGGCCUGUCCAAUGGGCAGCCAUUAGUCGGUCACCUCCAUCCAGAGGAACGCAAAAUCCACAACGUUGAACGUGUGCUAUCUCAGCAACCUUACCCUGGUUACUCCCAGAAGGUGAUGGAGGUAACCUCACUGGAUGAGCUCCUGAAGCACAUCCACGAGGCAAGCAGCAGCAAGAACUCCCAGUUGAUUAGCCCGUCGAGUCUGAUGGCCUGCGGUGGCGGCGGUCAGCUUGCAUUCGCCAACCGCAUCCAACCUCAGAUUCCUGAGACGGAAUCGGCCCCCUACUACAGCUCAUCCACUUUACCUCGAGACAGCCUCACCCGACGCAUGGAUGUGCCUCCGGACAUUCCCCCACACCACCAGUCCACACUGGAGAGGAGGCACUCCUCUCAGAGGCACUCGCUAAUUGCUGCGGCCACCAAGAUGCCCAACGGAGUAGGAGGCGGCGGCGGUGGAGGAGGAGGAGGAGGAAUGAUACCUCGCCAGCACAGCUUCAGCCAACGAAACGGCGGGCCCCACCAGCCGCCUCCCCUCCUGGCACGGAUGAACUCGACGGGCAGCGCCUGCGAGGUGCACUACCCCCUCAUCCCCAACGGGUACCUAACACGCCAGCACAGCUACAAUGGAGAGCAGCAGGAGGUCCAACACAGGGGCGCCAUCAUCCGCCGGGCUGCCUCUCUCAAACCCGACGUCCCUCCAAAGCCCCUGUUCAUACCUGCCACGUCCCCCGUCAACCAACAGGGAAAGUUCAACUACUGAGGAGGUACACUCCUGGACUAGAGAGGGAGUCUCCCUCAUUGUGUCUUCUUAAAGGAACUUCCCUUUGAAGAAAUGCAGUGGGUUCGAGGUUGCAGACCUUCACGAGUAAACCAGUCGUGUGGCAGCCAGUGUCACUGUGGACGAAAGCCUCAACCAAACUUGUUUUGUCCUUCUUCUUUUUGUCCAACAAAUAUCUUUAUACCAUAUUGGUAUUGCUCAGCUACUUGCUUAUUAUAGAACCGCAGACUCAGGUGACGUGACGCCACCUCCUUAUAUUAGGCUGCCAAUGUCCUCAGUGUGGAUUUACAAUGCAACUUAGUUUUUCGGGACGUGUUGAACUAAACACAUCAGUCAUCUUGAAGACUUAAAAAAGCCGGAGGCUCCUGCGAUGCUUAGAUUCAUGCUUUUGCUUAAUAUUUUCUGAUGUAGUGUUGGUAACCAGUCCCCACCCGCCCCACCCUCGAAUGUGUUUAUAUUAUGCAUGUGUGUGUAUAUAUAUGUGUGUUUAUAUCCACACCGUAUAUGUAUACAUAUACAUAUGCAGUAUAUGUAACCUGUGGUGAAAAGUCAGCAAAUUCCCCUGAAAGUAGUUAUGUCUUUGCCUUACUAUACUCUUUCAUCUUUUGGGCAUAUCAAACGGUCCCCCACCCCCCCACCCCCUAGGAAAUGUCUUGGGGACACCAAAUCAUGCACUUCAUCCAUACAUUCUCAGUCGGCUAAAUACACUGAACCAAAUUUGUUCGUGUUGAUAAGAGAAAGGAAAUACUUCAACAAAGCAGCUAUUCUCGUCUCUUCUCUCUUUUCCUUUGUUCCCCGUCCCAGCAGAUGUCGGGUCCAAAGUGACGCAAUCGGGUCCGUUCUAAGUUCCUUGAGAGUGUUUCUGUAAGAUUGGUGCUCCUCAUCUCUCGUGGGUCUAACAUCCUCUGAAAUGGAAAUAAAGAAAACCGAAUACCACUAAAUAAAAACAUGCCACGCCAUCUGGCGUUAUGAGAAUGAACAUUAAAAACAUAGAACGGACUGCAGUUAUUCUAAUUAUUAACUUUGUGGCUAUUGGUUGUAAAUAAAGGAAUAAUUACUAGCCAAAUUUUAACUGUAUGUGUAAAUGUGUGCCUUAUUUAAUAAUAGUGUGUGACAUGGGGGUAGGGGUUAAUGCAAGGGGCUCAGAAGGCUACUAUGCUACAGUAUAUUGUAGGUGUUUCAUUUUCUCUGGUCGUCAGUGUGUGUCACACGGUAUCUAUUGUAUAUUUGAAGAGUUUCAUUCCAGAAUGAGAUAUUUGUCAUUUAAAAGAUUUUGUCUGAUAACCGCAAGUAUGAUUGUAACACUCACUCAUUAAUUAUAUGUUAUAUCUUGAUUAUAUUGAGCUCUUUUCUUCUUUUUUUUUUUACAAAUUAUCAUUUGUUGUUAUGAAAAAUAUAAAACACCAGAUAGAUAGAUGUUGUUUUUGUUUUUCCCGAGAUGGAUUCAGUGUUUUGGAAUGAAACCCUUCAUUGCUCUUUGCUUUGGGUUUUUUUUAUGUGUGUGGUUUUUUUCUUUCAUCCCUGAAGUGUGAGCCUGCAGACGGUUUUUUUGGGAGAGUUUGGCAAAACAAAUACACAGCCUGAGCCUGCAGACAUUCAGGUUUGACUGCCUCCGUUUUAUGUCACUUUCCACUGGGUGUCACUUUCCCAAAAGGUGCCAUUGUUCACUUUUUGGUUGUUUUUUAGCAGUAGCAUUAGCAUCACUUUGGGUUUCUUAAAGAUCAGCUCACAGUUCCUCUUAAGUUAUCUACAGACCUGGAGCCAUCGUAGAAGGCUGAUGGACGGAGCAGAUAUGUGGCAAAUAUGUAAAAAAUAUAAUAAAAGAAAUGUCCUAAAGAAUCUGAGAAUGGAUGCAGGCAUAACAUUGGACUUCUACGAUGGUUUACCGCUGUCGACUUACCUGUGUCACCAGGUGUCAACUUCAACAACGCAGGAAGCAAAUAAAUAGUAGUGGAGAGUUAGGAAAUAUGUGGAAACGCCGAGAAGUGCAAUGAACUCUGAUCCGACGAGCUGAGAUUGUCUCUUGGAUCGAUGCGAGGGUGGAACCGGGUUCCCAGGUGCCAAACGUUUGCUGAGCUCUUCCCCUCUGAGGGAAGGUGACGCCAUGUCGGCUUCGAGACUCUCCGCUGUUGCACUUUUCAGCAGUCACUUUUGUUCACGGUCGACUGGAACCGCGGUCAAUUCUGUGAGAACAGCACUGCGUUAUUUACUGUAUCUGAAAGAGGUGCUUUAUUGAUUGAAAUUCCCCAGAACUCAUUUGACCCGAUAUAAAGUCUGCUACUCAUAACUCCAACUCCAGUAAAUGAAGGAAAAUACGGCCGACCGUGACGUUUGUGCAAAGGAGAAAAAGAAAUAAUAAAAAAAAAGUGUAUUUGGAUAUUAACAGGCAGCAGAGCAUUAAAUAGCUUUGGAACAACAAAUACAAAACAUCCAACGUGAUUUAAGGGCGUGACCGUAAUGUUUCAUAAGAGGAAUUGUGGCAGCCACAGUGUUUGAGGAGUGGAAGUGUGUGUUGUUUUGUAUCUGCCGGUGACAGAUUGUAAGGGAGAGGGAGCGGUCUCGCCUCUAAAUAGCUCUAUCAGUAUUUGAUUUGGUGUAAAUACAUUCUAUCUGGACGGGGUCUCAUUGAUUCAGUAUUAUGUUUUGUUUUUUUCCUGUUUAGUUUCCAGGCUACGCCUCUUGAAUUACUAUGAAUUUGGUCUCACAGAAUACCAUUGUAUGUCUCUUAUACUAGGAAUAAAAUGAAAAUAUGAC